CAAGCCUUAAUCUAGAUACUUCCCUUUUCAACUUUCGUUGCCAUAACUUGGUGAGUGGUGUGGCCUUGGUGCUUUCACAAUGAGGAAGAGUUCCAAAUUUCAUAAGGCGCUUGUGUUGGGCUUCAGGGCGCCCCUGUUGCUUCUUGUAUGCUUAUGUUUUGCCAAUUCUGCUGCUGUAACUACUAAUGAAGCCUUUACAGGAACUGAGGUGAACAUUGAUGGCAAGUUUUUACAUACAAAGCCAUUUCCAAUAGAGGAAAAGACCCUGCCAAUACCAUUGUUUAAGCCUGUACCAACGUUGGUUCCAAUUGUUAAACCUAUACCAAUGCCUCUUCCAAAGCCUCUACCUAUCCCAGUUUUCCAAAAGCCUAUACCAAAGUGGAUUCCAGAUAUUAAGCCUGUACCAAACCCAAUUCCAAUUGUGAAGCCAAUUCCAAUUCCAGUGUUCCCAAUCCCAGUAUUUAAGAAGCCAAUUCCAGAUGUUAAGCCAAUACCAAAGCCAUCUCCCAUAGUGGAGAAACCAAAGCCAAAGCCAUGCCCGGUAGCCAAGAAACCUAUUCCUAUUCCAGUGAUUAAGAAGCCUAUACCUAAGUCAAUUCCAAUUGUUAAACCAAUUCCAAAGCCAUCACCAAUAGUGAAAAAGCCACUACCUAUUCCCGUAAUUAAGCCUAUACCAAAACCAACUCCACUUGUAAAGCCAGUUCCUAUUCCAGUGUUCAAGCCCAUUCCAAAGCCAUUUCCAAUAGUGAAAAAGCCUUUACCUAUUCCGGUACUUAAGCCUGUGCCCACGCCAGUUCCAAUUGUUAAGCCAAUUCCUAUUCCAAUGUUCAAACCCAUUCCCAAGCCAAUUCCUAUUCCAAUGUUCAAGCCCAUUCCAAAGCCAUUUCCAGUCGUUAAAAAGCCUCUACCUAUUCCAGUAAUCAAGCCUGUGCCUAUGCCAAUUCCAAUUUUUAAGCCAAUUCCUAUUCCAGUAUUCAAACCCAUCCCCAAGCCAAUUCCAAUUCCAGUGUUCAAGCCCAUCCCAAAGUCAAUUCCUAUUCCAUUGUUCAAACCUAUCCCAAAGCCUCAACCUAUUCCAGUAACAAAGCCUUUACCCUAUCAAGUCCCCAUUGUUAAGCCACCUAUUCCAGUGUCCAAGCCCUUCCCAAAGCCAACACCAGUAGUUAAAAAGCCUCUACCUAAUCCAGUAACAAAGCCUAUACCAAAGCCAGUUCCCAUUGUUAAGCCAAUUCCUAUUCCAGUGUUCAAGCCCAUCCCCAAACAAAUUCCAAUAGUGAAAAAGCCUCUACCUUUUCCAGUAACUAAGCCUAUACCCAAGUCAAUUCCAAUACCAGUAUUCAAGCCUGUCCCAGCACCAUUUCCAAUAGUGAACAAGCCUCUACCUAUUCCAGUAAUUAAGACCAUACCAAAGCCAAUUCCUAUCCCAGUGUUCAAGCCAGUCCCAAAGCCCCUUCCAUUUCAGAAAAAACCUCUACCGAUUCCAGCAAUUAAGCCUGUAACCAAGCCAGUUCCAAUGGUUAAACCAAUUCCAAUCCCAACAUUCAAGCCUUUCCCAAAGCCAUUUCCAUUCACGAAAAAGCCUUUACCUAUUCCAAUGAUGAAACCUAUACCAAAGCCAUUUCCAAUGGUUAAAAAGCCCCCACCUAUCCCAAUUUCUAAACCUAUUCCAUAGCCAUUUUCCAUUUUUGUUAUCAAGCCCUAAAACCAAUUUCAUUUGUUAAAGUCUUAAGCGUUUCUUCAAAAAAAACCUAUUGUUCUCUGAAUACCACUCCUUCCGAAAUUCAAGAAAUCACAUUUACAACUUUUCUAAUUCAAAUGCCAAUUCCAACAUCAUAAGAAUCUUCGUUGCAUAUAUUUUCUUAUGCUUAUGAAGUUAUCUGCUCCAAUCUGAAAAGAGAUAUGCACUUCAAUCUUUACAUGGCAACGCUUGUGACUCGAGAUUAAUGUCGUACAAGUUUUCAUAUAUAUCCUAUUGUAUUUAUCUUGGAUGUUGAAUUGGAAUGUAAAGCUUUUCUGCCUCUAUGAAAACUGCUAAAUGUAGCCGCCAUUGUAACUCAAUCAUGAUCUACUAAUCAAGGAUUGAUGAGGAUUCUUUGGUUUUGGUUUA